GCGGCGGCGCCAUGCGGUGCUCGGCGCUGCACCUGCUGGCGCUGCUGGCGCUGGGGCCGGGGCCGGGCCGGGCGGGCUUCACCUACCCGGGCACGCUGUGGUGCGGCGCCGGCAGCAACGCCGACACCUACGAGCAGCUGGGUGAGCGCGGGGCGCGGGGCGCGGGCGCGGGCGGCGGGGCGGCCGGGCUGAGCUCCCGCUCCCCCGCAGGGGAGCACCGGGACACGGACCGCUGCUGCCGGGAGCACGACCACUGCCCGCAGGUCAUCCGGCCCUUCAGCACCCGCCACGGCUACCGCAACCUGCGCUGGCACACGGUCAGCCACUGCGACUGCGACCGCCGGCUGGAGCGGUGCCUGCGGCAGGUGAACAGCUCGGCGGCGCGGGCCGUGGGCCAGGCUUUCUUCAACGUGCUGCGGGUGCCCUGCUUCGAGCUGGCGCAGCGGGAGCAGUGCGUGGAGCCCUACCUCUACGUGUGGUGCCGCCGCUACAGCUCGGUGGCCGUGGCCGUGGCCCGCGAGCCGGUGCCCUUCGCCGUCGGGGGGCCGCUCAUCGACGGCGCGGGCCGGGAGCGCGGGGGCCGCCGCCGGGGCAAGGGCAAGAGCAAGGGGAAGCGGCCGCGGCCGCCCAGCCCCGCCGUGCCGGCCCGGGCCCCCGUGCCCAGCGCCGCCCCCGCCGCCACGGCCCGGCCCGCCGGCACCAGCAGCAGGAGGAGGAGGAGGAGGAGGAAGGACCCGCGGCGGCGGCCCAGGACGGGAGCGCAGACCAGCCCGGCGCCCCCCCCGCAAUGAAGGAGCUGCCCGCACACCCUCCCCGCGUCCGUGCGGGCCCCGGGGGCACGGGCCGGGCCGGGGGCACAAGGGGCCCGGCUCUGCCCCCCCGUGCCCAGGGCGCUGGUCCGGGGCCGCGGCCCCGCAGCGAGAGCGCGAGCCCUCUGCGUGCCGGGGCCGGCCGGCCGACCUUGCCCCACGCCAGGCUCGGGACGGGGCAGCCUGAGCCGGCCCGGCCCCCUCCCGCCGCCGGCCCCCGGCCAGCUGCGCCUACCACGGGCCCCUGGCGCUCGCCUGGCGAGGGGGUGGCACGGUGGGAGACAACGGGGCAGCGGGGCUUUCCCUCCGCCCAGGACCAAGAGCAGCCCAGCCCUCCGGCACCGCAGGCGUCCCGAGCAGAGGGAAGUGUCUCGCGUGGCACCCGCCUGCCGGGUGCUGGAAGUGGAUCCGUGAGGCCAGCAGCCACGGGCCAGGGCCCCGGCACUCCCCCCUGCAGUCACCUUUAGACCCACAGGGUGACAGGGAGCUACCCCCGCCGUAGCCACCACUCCCCCCUUUCAAAGGACACGGGGGGGCUAGAAGCAGCCUCUGGGCCUUGGCAGCACCUCAUGCCCAGGGCAGGGCCUGGCUUACAGGAGCUGGAAGCCAGGGCGCACUUCAAGGCCCUUUGCGACAGUCAAGGGCCGUGGUGCGGGACUGCAACCCACACGCGUUUAGCCGAGGCAUCUCAGCCCGACCCCCGAGCAGCUACAGCAAAGCCAGUGCUGGCCAGGCUCGGGGUAGGGACAAGAUGAGCACCCACCCACAAGGAAGGCAGGCAGGCAGGCAGGCAGGCAGGAGGCCCCAAGCAGUCGAUGUCCCAAAAGUAGAAUUUUAUUGAUAGUCAAGGGGGAAACCUAAAACCAAAGGCAGCCACCAGGAUCUGGCAAACAAAGCGUGACUGGGGCCCCCGCCUGGUCUCCAGCGCCUGCGGGGGUGGCUCCCAGCCCCCGUCCCAAACUCAACAGAAUAAUAAUAAUAAUAAUAAUAAAAAAAAAUGAACAGCAAAAA